GAUUAAUUGUUGAAUUAUGCGUUUUUGCAUCUUUAGCUCAGUUUUUAUGGUGAUCCUUACCAUUUUUGGUUCAGUCCGAACGGAUCUUACCUAUCGCGGCAAUGCAGUCCAUCCAGACUAUCCGGGACAGUGCUACUAUGAGGAACUGAACCAGGCCAUACCCAAGAAACAAUCCUACAAGCCCAUCAAUCGCGAAGGAUAUUGCCAAUCGAUCUACUGUCGUCCGGACUAUGUUCUUGAGAUUGGCUAUUGUGGUCGCCACAAUCUCGUGCCCACGGAAAAAUGCAAAAUCGCCUCGGACAUGAGACGCACCUUCCCCGGCUGCUGCCCCAAGCUGGUCUGCCAGGAGUCGGAGAGCAACUACAUCUAGGCUGGAUCUGGAUGUCAUAAUUACCAUCUUAGUAUUAGCUACUAUGUUUUCUUAUUCAAUUAAGUUUUUU